GGCGCAUGCGCGCUCGGAGCCCGCGGGCGGGGCUUGCGCUCACCCUGGUAACAGCAGCGCUGCGGGGCCGCGCCCUGCUGAGGCCUCCCCCCCCCCCCCCCCCUUCCCCUCCCCGCCGCCAUGCAGGGCGAGGACGCCCGGUACCUCAAGAGGAAGGUAAAAGGAGGCAACAUAGAUGUUCAUCCAUCUGAGAAAGCCCUCAUUGUCCACUAUGAAGUGGAAGCAACGAUUCUGGGAGAGCUGGGAGACCCCAUGCUGGGGGAGCGCAAGGAGUGUCAGAAAAUCAUUCGGCUGAAGAGUCUUAAUGCAAAUACAGACAUUGCUUCCCUGGCUCGAAAGGUGGUUGAAGAAUGCAAGCUCAUUCACCCCUCCAAACUUGCAGAGGUAGAACAGCUGUUGUACUAUCUGCAGAAUCGCAGAGAUGCCUCGGUGGGAAAAGAAAAAAAAGAGAAAUCUAGUAAGCCAAAAGAUCCACCCCCAUUUGAAGGAAUGGAGAUUGACGAAGUUGCCAACAUCAAUGACAUGGAUGAGUACAUUGAGUUACUGUAUGAGGACAUUCCUGACAAGGUGCGUGGCUCUGCCCUCAUCCUGCAGCUGGCUAGGAAUCCUGAUAAUUUGGAAGAACUGCUUAUCAAUGAAACUGCCUUGGGUGCAUUGGCUAGAGUGUUGAGGGAGGACUGGAAACAAAGCGUGGAACUUGCUACCAAUAUAAUUUAUAUUUUCUUCUGCUUUUCAAGUUUUUCUCAAUUUCAUGGAAUAAUAACACACUACAAAAUUGGAGCCUUGUGUAUGAAUAUCAUAGACCAUGAACUGAAGAGACAUGAGCUUUGGCAGGAAGAACUUGCUAAAAAGAAGAAAGCUGUUGAUGAAGAUCCUGAAAAUCAAACCUUGAAAAAGGACUAUGAGAAAACGUACAAGAAAUAUCAAGGACUGGUUGUCAAGCAGGAACAGCUGCUCAGAGUUGCACUUUACCUGCUCCUAAAUCUUGCUGAGGAUACUCGCACUGAGCUGAAGAUGAGAAACAAGAACAUUGUCCAUAUGUUAGUGAAAGCACUGGACCGUGAUAAUUUUGAGCUGCUUAUCCUGGUUGUAUCUUUCUUGAAGAAACUCAGCAUUUUUAUGGAGAACAAAAAUGAUAUGGUUGAAAUGGAUAUUGUUGAAAAACUUGUGAAAAUGGUACCCUGUGAACAUGAAGACCUGCUGAACAUCACUCUUCGACUCUUAUUAAAUCUCUCCUUUGACACAGGCCUAAGAAAUAAAAUGGUACAAGUCGGUCUGCUUCCCAAACUCACUGCACUUCUAGCAAAUGAAAACUACAAACAAGUAGCGAUGUGUAUUCUGUAUCACAUAAGCAUGGACGAUCGCUUUAAAUCAAUGUUUGCAUACACAGACUGCAUCCCACAGUUAAUGAAGAUGCUUUUUGAAUGUCCUGAUGAGCGAGUUGACCUGGAACUUAUUUCUUUCUGUAUUAACCUUGCUGCUAACAAAAGAAACGUACAACUUAUCUGUGAAGGAAACGGUUUGAAAAUGCUAAUGAAGCGGGCUUUGAAAUUUAAGGACCCAUUGUUAAUGAAGAUGAUCAGGAAUAUUUCACAACAUGAUGGGCCAACUAAAAGCCUGUUUAUUGAUUACGUUGGUGAUUUAGCAGCUCAAAUAUCAAAUGAUGAAGAGGAAGAAUUUGUGAUUGAAUGCCUGGGAACACUUGCAAAUUUGACCUUACCAGAUCUGGACUGGGAACUUGUGCUGAAAGAGUACAAACUGGUUCCAUACCUCAAAGAUAAACUUAAACCAGGUUCUGCAGAAGACGACCUUGUUUUGGAAGUGGUGAUAAUGAUUGGAACAGUUUCUAUGGAUGACUCAUGCGCAGCUCUGCUGGCUAAAUCUGGAAUCAUCCCUGCACUCAUUGAGCUUCUAAAUGCUCAGCAGGAGGAUGAUGAGUUUGUCUGCCAGAUCAUCUAUGUAUUUUAUCAGAUGGUCUUCCAUCAAGCCACCAGAGAUGUCAUUAUCAAGGAAACCCAGGCUCCAGCAUAUCUUAUAGACCUGAUGCAUGAUAAAAAUGCAGAGAUUCGCAAAGUUUGUGAUAACACUCUGGAUAUUAUAGCGGAAUAUGAUGAGGAAUGGGCUAAAAAAAUCCAGAGCGAGAAGUUUCGAUGGCACAACUCUCAGUGGCUGGAGAUGGUAGAGAGUCGGCAGAUGGAUGACAGUGAGCAGUAUCUGUAUGGCGAUGAUCGUAUUGAGCCCUACAUCCAUGAAGGGGAUAUUCUGGAAAGACCUGACCUCUUCUACAACGCAGAUGGCCUAAUAGCCCCUGAUGGAGCAGUGAGUCCGGAUUUCUUCAGCGAUUACCAUCUUCAGAAUGGAGACCUCGUUGGGCAGCAUCCCUUCUCUAGCAGAGUUUCUUGGACUUUCCUUUGAAACCCAGAGACUGACUACUGUCAAGAGUUGAGGAUGCUACGUUGCAUGAUCAAGUCCUGCAUCAUGAAGUACAGAACAACUUUGAGGGGAAUUGUAGAAGUAUCUAGUCCUAAAUUCAGCCUGUAGAUUUGCUUGCGUGCUUGCUAUUCUGGACAUCUCCUGAAGCAAGGAGGGAUAAUUGUUUCUGGUACAUGUCAGCAUAAAGAAAAAGCAGCAUGUAAGUGACGACCUGGAAAGCUGCCAUUUUUCUAAUACUGCCACCCUCACUAUAGGGACCCAAGGCAUUGUUAGAAAUGGAAAUGCUUUGUGUCUGGUAAUCUAGCUUGUGUGUCUGUGCAGCUUUAGUUUACAACUCUUAUUUCUGAACUAUAUUCUUAGUGGAGUUGAACUGUUGUGUGUAUGAAGUCUAUAAAUAGAAUUAUUUCAGAAUACAAUGUACACAGAAGUGGUGAUAAAAUACAUAAACAGCAUCUCUUGUUUUCCUCAAAGGUUUGGAGCUGAAUGCAAACAGAUUGUAAGGUAUGUUUUCUAUUCAGCAGAAAAGACAUGGCUGAGGAGGUUGUUUUGACAGCUUGUAUCCAGGUUUUUUUCAUUGGCUAGGAAAAGACUUUUGUGAUUAGAUUACCAGCUUUGAAUCAUCUUACUGUCUUUCAGAAGCAGAUGGGCAUUAGGCAAAGAUUUGAAAUUUUCAUCUGUUAUUAAAAUCUGUAUUCAAGGCUCCUGGUUCUGGUAACUGUUAAUAUAGAGUGAAAGUUUUAUGAUUCUAGCAAACAAAAAAUCCCUCACCUUUUGGCUGAUGUGAUGACAGUUUAGUGUCUGAGCUGCAAGGGAUAAAGACCAGCUGAAAGACAUCUUCAAGAAUAUAGGGUCAUUUAUCAAAUUUUAAUCAUCUUCUAGAGACUAAUUACUUUCUUAAGACACAAUCAUAAUGAUGAUGGCUAAAUAUUUUAUAAUGGAGAGAUCCACAGUAUUUUCCUUACCCUUUGGAGAAGCAACCAUGUUUUAACCUUUCCCAGCUAUAACUAGAUAACGGUAAAAGCUAAGUGCGAAAGUCAAUUCUCUGUUAAUAUCUUCAUCAGAGUUCACAAAUCCUCUCUGUAGCUUUGGAAAGAUGAAUAGUCAGGAAUGCUGGAGCUAGCCAGAACUUUUUUUUUCUUCCUGAGGAAGUUUUCUUCAGUACAGAAUCCUUUAACCUCAUUAUAAAAUGUAGCAGAGCUGCCAUUGCACAAUCUUCGUUUUCAGUGAGACAAGGCGUUUCUGUGUGCGCGCUGUUCCCAGCGUGUGCACUCACAUCUCCACUCAACAGAGCGGAUUGAAGCGUCUUCCCAGGAAGCAGUGCGGUUUGGCAUGUCAAACCAACCCAGUUUUAUGGGGUGACUGUCUGUCUCUGUCCUUGGUGGGACAUCUUGCCUCUUGCCUGGAUUUACAGCCUCACACUGUAGCUGCGUUUCUUCUUUUUGCCAUGGCAGGUCAUUGUGAUAUUUUGUGAGCUGAGUUUAUGGAGCCAGGACCUUGCAGGCUGCUCUGCAUUGCCUUCAGUUAGGCUGUGUCUGGUGUUGGCAAGUAACCAUUAGCUGUUGUCUCGAGCUGACGGGAACUGCGCUGGUGUGGGCUUCAGUAACUUAAUACGUGGCCAUAGGUCCUGGUGGGAGCAUGGGGAAGAUUGUUGCUGUGACUUAGCUUAUCUCUAGCUACGCUACCCACAUGCCAUGUCUGCUUGUGCUAAAAGCCCACAUUGAAAGGCAAGAAUAGUCAUAACCACAGGCCUUUUUUGCUUGGGUACCCUGAUGGAGAUCAGAUGUGAAUUUCAUGGUGGAGGGGAAAGACCUGGGUCCGUAGCCUUCCAUUCCUUCUGACUCCUGAGUGUGGUGUGAACUCCCAGCUGAGUCACAGCUGAAUAGCUCUUGUUCAGGGCUGGUACAGGAGCUGCUUUAGGUGCUGGCAAAUGCCUACGUUGUGAAUGUUUGUCAAAACGUUUUCAAAUGGUUGUACCUGUAACUUAUAGCCUAUGUCGACUUUUAUAGCUGUCUUCCAUGUAGAUCCUCAUCUUCAAUUAGAAGCAGUGACGUGUUGUACUUCUCAAGCAUUGAAGUUAGGGUUUCGUCUCUUCCUUGCUUUAGUCUCUAAAGCCUACAGGAUAUAUUGCUGAUAUAAGGAACCUGCUUCCAAAGGGAAGGGCUGAAGGAGCUGGUGACCUUGCUAUGGAGUAUUUCUCAUCCACGUUGUAUUUUCAUUAAUUCGCACAGUAUAUUUACAAGUUUGAAGGUUCCCCUCCCAGCCUUUCAGCAGCUAAGUGCGAUCUUGCAGGCUGUCUCUGAAGGUGACGAACUGCUCCGUUAGCAGACAGUAAAAGCGAGCUGCCUCAGGCAACCCCUUACAGCCAUCAGUGGCAGAAGAAACUUUGUUUCAUGGUUCUUGGAAAGAUUACUGUA